CUGCCCAAUUCUCUCCGUGCCAGCCAGCCUGUCUGCGUCAUGUCACUUCUGCAUCUACCGGCCGAGCUCGUCGUCUCUAUCGUCGCCCAUCUUGCCCAAGAAAAAGAAACCCUCUGCUCUUUAGCCCGGACAUGUCACCUCCUGCAGAACGAGUGCGAGAAACACAUUUACACCACCAUCAAUCUACUAUCUACAGACGAUCUUAGAGACAUCAUCGAUGCCUUUGAUGCCCGCCCCGAGCGCAUCGCCAGCGUCCAGAACUUGCACAUCGCCUACAGCUACCAUGCUGGCCUCCAGGCUACCCUGCAAGAGCGCAUGCACUUCAACGCCUAUCUGCACAAGAUGAAGGCUUUGAGGAGUUGGUAUGUCGAGAGCCCGUUUGACAACUUCAGGUGGAAUGAGAAUGGCGGUCACGAGUGGGUCGAGCAGGACAUGGAGGAAUUUUGUACGGCUUUGCACAAGUCAUGUUCGCCCAUGGCCAACCCUCAGCAACCCAUUGGACUGUCCAAGCUAGAAAAGCUCGUCAUACAUUCGCAUGGUCCAACUACAGAUUUCUGGCGUCUCGGUGGUUUCCACUGCUUGUUCCGCCAUUCCACUCUCCGCAGCUUGCACGCCUCUUGCUUUAUUCUCCCCUCCGACCUUCCAGAGUUGGAAGGUUGCGGACCGACUCCGUUGACAGAACUCACCCUUGACGAAUGCAUCUUGAAUCCGAAGAGCCUCGGUCGUAUCCUUCGCACCCCCAAGAGCCUAAAGCACCUCACGCUCGGCGAAAAUGUGUACAACAUCAACGGCGCUACUGGUCCCUCACAGAAUUUGACGCUGAAACCGCUCGAGGCAAUGGAAGCAUUGGCGGCUGUCUCCCAUUCACUGGAAUCGCUUACCCAUAACGACCCACAACGCCGACAUUGCAGUGACAUUUAUCGAUCUAACCCCGUCAAAGGUGAUGGAUUAAGAAACUUCCACCAGCUCAAAUUCCUGGAUAUCGAUCCUUGUUCAUUCCUACACCAAUGGACGUCCUCGCAUGCCCAGGCUCCACCGAAUCUGGAAACCCUGCGCAUUCAUUUCCCGCUAAUAGACGAACACGAUUUGCACAGUGACCAUUCGGUGGAUUCGUUCGAAGAACUGCCACCUCUCGAGCCCUAUACACGCAUUUCUUCCUUGAAAUCGCUCGAAAUUGUGCAAGGCGCAUUCCCCGUGACGCACAAGUUGAAUGCUCAAUUCAUUUGCGAGCGCGAACUUCUCUGCGAGCGACACGCGUAUGCUUACAAGCUUUUCAAGCACGGCAUCAACUUGAAAGUUUACGUCGAACCUAUUUGGCGGAUGGGCCUCAUCCCACCUUAUCUCCACGGCGAACAGAAACCCACUGUGCUCUGUAUAUACGAUGCAGCCGAAGUCGGCUUCCAUCGCCAUAUUGUGGACGAAGUCCUACCACCACCUAGCCUGAUGGGUGGCAUAGACUUAUUCUUAGCAAGUGACGACGCAAGUGACGUAACAAACGCAGGCUCAGUACAGUCCCUCGAUUCGCCCCGGAGCAAUACUCCCACUCAAGAACAAACCGCAUCCCCUGCACCGAAAACUUCCACCCCUUCCACUGAGCCGCCCCCAGAAACAGACCAGCUGAACCAGGCCGAUAUCAUCAGUAUUCGGAACAAGGUCCAACGCCUUCUCGACGCAGACUUGGACCGCGUGGCCUCGGAGUCGGACGACUCGGAGUCGGACGACCGUAUUUCAAUGUCGUCCGAAUUCGGAGACGAAGGCGGCGUUGUGUUUGGCUUCCACAUGUCCGCCCCUCACACCGAAGAUUCCGAAUGGAUGGGCGACAUCAUGAACAUGGAGGACUGGCACGAUGACAUGGAGGCCGAGUUCAUGGCUGGCACCUUUAUGCCGACCGACGACGAAUUGAUCGAAGAAGUCGACGACUGGCACGACAGUGAGGAAUGGUUCCCUCCUCCUGGUAUGGUCGCUGGCCCCCCUAGUGCCGAAGCUGCUGCCGUCGCUCUGGCUAUUGAGAUGGGUAUGAUGACCCUGACAUGA